AUGAGGGAAGAAGCUGAGAUUAUGGACGAGCUCGAGGAGCUCGGCCGUGAACUCAAGAGUUUCCCUGCCGAUGCCCACUGGUUCUGUCCCUUGCAGGCCGACGACGAUCCUAUCGACUAUGACCAUCCGGACGAGCCUGAGGAGGAUAUAAGCGCCGAGAAGAAACUUCAGUUGAUUAACGAUGCGAAACGAAGGCACGAAGUAGCAUACAAACUGUCUCUUGUUCUGGGUUUCGCCCCAGAGGGAUCAAAGGGAAUACUGGAGGAAUAUACGGACGGUUUAAACAAACUGUUGACAAGCUGCGACAAGUGCGUUCAUAAUUGGCACAUGGGCCGGAAAGGAUACCUCAAAGAGUUGACAGAACAAUUCGACGACGAUACUGUAUCGGAGCUGUCAAACCGCCUCAACGCCAUUGACUUUUAUCGGAUAGACGCGGGCCUAAAAUCUGCGCAGAAGCUCCUCACUGAAGCUCCGGCCGCUAAUCGUACUCAAGCCCUCCUUGUGAAGAAUGACCGGGCCGCACUCCUGGCUCUCUAUGAAUCGCUUUGUUGCGUCGACUAUCACAAAUCAGAGGACCGGCUGUCGACCCAUUUCAAUUUUGUUUUCUCCCAGGUCCAAACCAAGAAGACUCUCAGGAUGGCUGAUAUAUUACCGGCUAUGGCUCGAUUUCUCUUUCACAAGGAUACUGUCCGGCUGCGAUUUGCCACUCAAUCAUGGCAGAAAAUGACCGUAUCCCUCACAAAAGAGACGUUUGAUUGGGUGGUGCACGACGUGCUGUCCGAGACGGUAUUCCUGGUCUCGCAGCCGAAUGCAGAUAUCGGAGACGUUCAACGAUUCUGGCAGGGAUUCCUCUUGAUAUUGGACAGAAUGGAGGGAGAUUUAAUCACGCACUCACUUCGAGCAAUGGAGGUCCAGCCGGAUGUCUACCAUCUAGGCCUCCAGCACCUAGCGCUUGGUUCCGAAGACGUUGUGCAACUUGUGAUCGAAUCAUAUUGUCAGCUUCUCGAAAAGGCUCCGAAGGACUUCUGGUCAGCUAUGGGAACCAUUUCGCCCGCUACAGUUGCAGAACAGAUAUUCCAGAGCCAAGGAUUUGAGAAAGUACUCGAGAAUACCCACAAUCUCGAGAAUCUUGAGACGCAUCCUGCAAUAUCAUGGAGCCCAAGUUUUAUUCAGUCUCUAGAUCCAAUUCAUCAACAUGAUGCCUGCCGUGCAUUGCUCUACAAUUUAUUUGAGCGUCUCCAAGGGGAUCGGUUCUCUGAAGCGGCGAGAAUAACAUGUUGCCGAGCUGGGCUUGACGCUCUCCGGGCAACCCUAAAAACUUUCAUCAGUACCGACUACAAAAUCAACCCAUCGACUUCUUUGAUAGUCAUCGACGAUAUAAUGGGGCUUGUUGACAAGUACAAGGGAAUCAUUGUCAGAUGCGCCGACCUUGAGGAUGGUGCAGGAAGCGACCCUGAGCUAAAGGAUCUAGGCAUGUCCGUGAUCCAGGAUGCUCUCAUGCUUGAUUGCAAGGCAAUGAGUGCAGAAUUCUUUGCGCUUGAAAAUGGAACACCGAUUCAACGAGGGCUCAGGACCCACUCGCAAGCGGUUUGGCAAGCCGCCCUUGAUAUAUUCCGACCUGGCAAUCUGAAACUGGCAAAAAGCAUCGUCGGAGCCACCACCGAACUGACCGGCUUAGAUGAGCUCAUGCCAGAGAAUAAAAAGAAUCCAGAUCUACCCAAGGAUCAUGUUCAAUACAAUCAGGAUUUCAAUCAGCUUAUGGACAAUAUAUCCAGGGUAUUUGAGCGGCUGACUGAUUUCAAGGCUGCCGAUUUACGCCAACUAUGUCAAUCGCCACAAACAGCUCGUCCGUUAUUUGCAGCUCUUGUAUCAGCAAAUCAAGGCGUCUAUGAAGCGGCAGUCGAAGUCAUCAAAAGCACAACAGGCCAUCUCGGCAAGCAGGAUGCAAUUUCUGACUUGUUGGAGACCGCUUUCAUUCCUAUGUUGAACUCUCUGGUAUAUGCCGUUAGCCGGAUCACCAGAGCUAGAACAUUUGGGCCGGUCCCUUACAUGAUUAAAAUCGGACGGGAGGUUCUUAAGUCUCUAGCCGGAAACACCGGAAUUCUGCGUCGGCGUGCGUUUUUGAGAUCGGAGCAUAAUUCCAUUAUGGCUUGGUGGACAGUCCAAUGGCGUGCUUUAGAUAUGUGCUUUUCUACUACCGAAUCAUGGGCUCCGCGAGUUAAUCAAUCAACAGCAUAUAUGCAAGACUUCUGCCGUGAUAGUAUGGAAUAUGCGGAGGCUCUAUUCGACGAGUAUAGUGUCUUUGCGUCGGCUUUGAGCGAUCUCACUGCAGAGAAAGAUCAAGUUGCCAAACCACUAUCCUCCAAGGACUGUAUCAAGAAGGUGCUGAAGGUCGUAUGUGAGAAUGUCAACGGAUUGACAGGAUUACUCAGACUGAGAGACGCCUACCUCAUCAGCGUUAUCACUAGCCUUUUAGGCAAGCUUCUCCGCUGUCUCGGGGAGUACAACCUCGAGAUUGACGAUUAUGCCUCAAAAUUCAUCAGAUCAGCCUGCAAGAGCGAAAAUCAGAGGGAGUUCAGGCGAACCAACUUGACGAAUCAGCAGAAAGCGGAAUUGCAAAGAGCCCUCGAUGAGCACCAGGGUGUUGAAAUAAUCGAGACGCCUGCUGUAACGACUACUACUGUUAAGAAGCAGGCCACUAUCGAUUCCUGGUCGAGGUCGGCAGAUGGCAAAAAGCAUGAGCCAACCUUGCCACGGCGCCAGCCAUUGGUCUCCGGAUUAUCUGAUAAACACCGAUCAAUUCUGGAUCGAAUGCAGGCUCAGCAACCCGCUGCUAAUGAUCCGGCCAUCAAUGCCUUCAAGGAGAAACGUAGAAAGGCCGAGGAAGAUAUGAGACGGCAAAGAGCGGAAGCAAUAGCCAAAGCUAAGGCACUUCGUGCCCCAGCCGGGGUACGAGGAGAAGGAUCCGGAGUCAAGGAUAUCGGCGGCAUAGUCGGGAAGGACCAUGCCCCAAUCCGUAGUGAAAUCAUGGUGGGAUCUUCAGAUGAGGAUUCUAAUGAAGAAGAUGACGAAGAUGAGACCGGAGCGCUUAUCAAGACUCGUAAAGCAACCUCGCAGAUGGUCUCCGAAUAUGAACGAAACAGGAGAAACGCCCUUAAGUUGCAAUUGCAAGGACCGGUUAAGAAGGCCAAAAUUAUACGAUCCGCCAAGGAUCUCCGUGCUCGUGUGGAGCCAAAUAUGGAUAGGCUCUAUAUCGAAAUACUAAACUGGGACAUCUUCCAUCCUGGUGACGACCCGCCCAGCAAUAACGAAUGUAGAAAGAUUGCGGAUAGCUUCAUAGAUUUGGAUCUGUACAAGAGGACAUUUGGGCCGUUAUUGAUAUCUGAAGUUUGGCGAUCUCUCGUCACAGCAAAAGAGGAGAAUUCAUUCAAGCCCUUGGAAAUUACAGUCCUAAAUCGUCUAUCGGUUGAUAAAUUCAUGGAAGUCAGCUGCAAGAUGCCAAUUACUAUGAAUCGGGAUAUCAAAAUGACUGAGCGAGACAUUGUGUUAUUGUCAAAAAACCGCGACCCGCUAGGCAAUCAACAGGACCCACACUGCCUUGCUCGAGUUGAUCGAACGACCCGCAAGAAGGAUGUGGUCGAGGUCACGUUCCGUGUCAGUAGAGAUAUUAGCCCUACGUUCUUGCAAGCCCUUGCUCCGAAUGGCAAGAUUCACGCUGUGAAGAUUGCGGAUAUGACAACUACCCAGCGCGAGUUUGCCGCUUUAAGCAGUCUGGAGUACUAUGAUUUGUGCAAUGAGGUAUUGGAAGCAAAACCGUCCCCGUUGCAAAAGUAUUCCGACGAUAAGAUUGGGUUUAUAUCAUCCAAGUACAACCUUAACCGAGGACAGUCCCAAGCCAUCCUCUCCGCCAAUGAUAACGACGGUUUUACACUUAUUCAGGGCCCUCCCGGAUCCGGAAAGACGAAGACUAUUGUGGCAAUGGUUGGUGCUCUUCUAACACAGAGUUUACAGCAGCAAACUGCGGCCAUGGCCCCGGUGCCAGGGCGAGCAGCUCCACCUCCAUCAAACAAGCCAAAGAAGAAGCUUCUAAUAUGCGCACCUAGUAAUGCCGCUGUUGAUGAAUUGGUGGUCAGACUGAAGGAGGGUAUUCAGCCAUUAAGCGGACCUCGUCAGAAGAUCAACGUAAUCCGUAUCGGACGAAGUGAUGCCAUCAAUGCCAGCGUGAAAGACGUUAUGCUGGAUGAAUUGGUCACGCGGAAACUGGAGGGUGACAAUGGCGAAAAGAAUAAGCUUCUUCAAGACAGGGAUAAGCUCCAUCAAGAUGCUGGCAAAAUCAAGGAGCAACUCAACGCUCUGAGACCUCAAAUGGAUGAAGCCCGUAAAAAUGGCAACAAGACGUCAGAGCUCCUGCUUCAAAGGCAAUUUGACGCUCUCAAGCGCAGUCAAGCCCAUAUCGGGAAUAAGAUUGACGAAGAUAAGGAGAGUGGUAAUACCGUCUCACGCCAAAACGAAAUCAAUCGACGCCGAUACCAGCAGGAGAUAAUUGAUGGCGCCCAUGUCCUGUGUGCGACACUCAGUGGCAGUGGUCAUGAUAUGUUCCGGAAUUUGAACGUUGAGUUCGAGACUGUUAUCAUUGACGAAGCUGCCCAAUGUAUUGAGCUGAGUGCCCUAAUCCCUCUGAAAUAUGGGUGUUCAAAAUGUAUUCUCGUCGGAGAUCCUGAACAGUUGCCACCCACUGUUCUCUCGCGGUCCGCUCAAAGCUUUGGGUACGAGCAAAGUUUGUUCGUCCGGAUGCAGCGGAAUCAUCCGAACUAUGUCCAUCUCCUAGAUACGCAAUAUCGUAUGCAUCCGGAAAUCAGCAGCUUCCCCAGCCAGCAAUUCUAUAAUGGCAGAUUGGUUGAUGGACCUGGUAUGGCCAAGUUGAGAGAACAGCCUUGGCACGCAAGUACGAUUCUCGGGCCAUAUCGGUUUUUCGACGUCCGGGGUGUCCAGACAAAGGAGGCAAGAGGGCACUCGUUCAUUAACGUACCGGAACUUAACGCUGCAAUUCAGCUUUACCAGCGCUUAAAGGCCGAUUACCCGACAUACGACUUCACCGGAAAGAUAGGUAUCAUCACAAGUUAUAAAGCUCAGCUUAAUGAGAUGAAACUUCGCUUCGCCGCAAAAUUCGGCGAUUCCAUAUUUGAUGAGAUCGAGUUCAAUACCACGGAUGCCUUCCAAGGUCGUGAACGCGAGAUUAUCGUAUUCUCCUGCGUUAGAGCUAAAGCAACUGGGGGUAUUGGUUUCCUUGGCGAUAUCCGACGUAUGAACGUUGGUCUCACACGAGCGAAGUCAUCCCUGUGGGUACUGGGAGAUUCGCGAUCGCUGCAACAGGGCGAGUUCUGGAAUAAGCUUAUUGAAGACUCGAAGGCCCGUAACAGAUACACGGGAAAUAAUGUCAUGGAUUUGCUAUCACGCCCGACUGCGCGUCAUGCCCCGGGAACUCAAGAUCCAGUACCUCAGAGGAAUGGUGAGAUGGGCGAUCGCGGUCCGCAGCAGGUUUCUACAAGCUGGGCACAAAGUUAUCAACACCGACCAAAGGCUGAAGACGAUGAUGUCGAGAUGGCUGAUGCCCCGGGCAGUGCUUCUGAUUCCCCACAAUCACUUGUCAGUGCAAGCAGUACCGUUUCAGCCCGCUCGGCGCAUAAUAAUGCCGGCCGGGAUUCGGCCAUUAAACAGGAGUUCCGAAGUACUUCGAUCGGUGCUGUCAGUACCACUGCAGCUGGAGGAAAGGAGGAUCGAAAGCGCCCAAGGGAGUCGUCGAUCAAAGAGGAAGAUCCUCCCAAGAAGAAGAUUGUCACUUCAAACGAUGUGAAGGCCCCAGAUCUCACCGCUGCAUAUCAGGCCUUGGAAGCAAAGAAACCCGCUCCGACCGCACGGCCACCGCUACCGAACGGAGGAGUUUUACCUCCUCGUAAAAAAGCACCAGUAGACCCAUUCAUUCAGCGCAAAAAGCCCCCAAAGAGAACAUAA